CUCAAUGUGAUAGCUCCCCACCAGGCGUCAUCUCGAUGCUCUCAUUAUUGAUGAUAGGCGCGUCAAUCCCUUCUUGAAAUGUCUGAGUGCGGGUCUGCGACCGGCAAGGCCCUCCGCCCGUUGACCAGCCUAGGUGGACAGUCUAAGAGAUCCAAUCAAGCUCCUCCAACUAUCUACGCACCUGUGAAUUCCUUUGAUUUAAACCUCACCGUCUAAGCUGCUGUUCUCGUUCUCCCCACCUUUCCCUCAUGUCUUCUGUCCGGUGAAGGCGCGCAUCACACCGACUACGCCAUGUCCAACACACUUGCCACCGUAACUGCUGUCGACAGCGAGCCUCCGAGGCGGCUGAGCACUUCUCUUCGAUCUCCAGCUGGUGACAUUCCAUACUGGAAUGUCAAUGUCGGUCCGGCUCGCUGGACGGUCGAAUGUCCCAGUUUCUUGCUAAACCAGCCGGAGAAGAAUAUCGGCAUUCUCUCGACGCCCGACGAACGAUAUCAACGACAAGGCUGGGAAUUCGUGCGACAGAUAGUCGAGAACAACCAAAUCGAUCAAUUCCAACGCCUACCUAGUGACCUGAGGAAAUACCUAGAGUACAAGGAACAGAUUAUUGCUCAGUAUGGGUCUAUAAUGCGAUUUGUGGUGAAGGAACGGCUUCGUUGGGGGGAAGGAACUGCGGACGAUCUGAAGCCUCGAGGUCAACCCUUUGAGUAUGAAGCAGAGGAUAUGCGAAUCUUACACAAUGAUUGGCCAUAUGGGUUGGACGAUGGCAUUAUUCACUUAGUAGUCUGGACAAAAUUUGAUCUAGAAGACGACCCAGCAACGGACGACUUGACACCGCGCGCAAGACAGGAGAUUGACGACUUUGUGAAACGAGUAUUCUGCUCGCGGAUGGGACCAGGCCAGGUUGUAUGGUUCAAAAACUGGAGGUCGCUCAAGUCAGUGCAUGCUGUUGAACAUUUCCAUGUCAUGCUACAUAAUCCGGAUCCAGCCUUUGUCGAGGAGAUCACAGGCGCAGACCUGCCCUGGUCCAUAAGAGGCGUCUGAGCAGCCCCUCCUUGGAUCUCGACCAUUUCCCCGCUGAAGAUAACUAACUCACACCCCUGUGGUAAUAAUAAUCACGGUCUGAGACGCUGUGUUGAUUCGACAGUAUGACUAUGGCUACGCAAACUCUCAUGCAAAACCCCCCACAGCUGCCAAGCGAUGUGGCCCCGCCGACUGACGAGAAUCGG